UGCUGCUGCUGGCGCCGGUCAGAGACUCGGCCUGCCUGCGCAUGACGAAGGUGAAGAUCCCGUCGCCGGUUCAGGCCGGCACCAGGGUCAUGCUCUCCUGCUUCUUCGACCUGGCCUGGGGCGAACGCGUCUACAUCGUCAACUGGUACAGAAACGGCAAGGAGUUCUAUCGCUUCUCACCUAGCGAGAGUCCCUCCAUUCAGACCUUCAGCCGGCCCGGCAUCUUUGUUGACACGUUCGCCAGCAACAUGACGACGGUGGUGCUGCGUUCGGUGCCUCUGAACUCGGCGGGGCGCUACCGCUGCGAGAUCGCCACCGAGGCGCCCAGCUACGUCACCGUCCACGGACAGCGGUACAUGAGCGUCGUCGAUCUGCCAUCGGAGGGACCGAAGAUAGCGGGCGCACGGGACCUGUACAGGAUCGGCGAGCCCGUGUCGAUCAACUGUACAUCGGCCAGGAGCCGGCCUGCCGCCUCGCUCACCUGGUACAUCAACGGAGAACAGGCUGACCCCAGUCUGGUGGAAGACUACCCCAUCCAUCGCCACAUGGACGGUCUCGAGACGUCAAAGAUCAGCCUCAAAUUUCGGCUGCGGCACGGCCACCUCCGACACGGCGGUGGUCUCAAGAUCAAGUGCGCCGCAGAGAUCUCGUCCCUGUACUGGAAAACGCAUGAGCGCGAGAUGUGGGCGCGCGCGGCGGAGCCUGCCGGCGCCGGACCCUUCUCCGACGGCGUCCGGCUGGGUCGGCCUGGAUCGGGCGGCGGUCUUCUGCUGCUGCUGCUGCUGCUGUCUCUCCUGCCGCCGCUGCAGCCGGCCCGGCUCUGAGCCGGCCGACCGCGCUGGGAGGCGCCCGCACACCGUGCGAAGGCUCAGCCGGAACCGACGCUUGGGCGCUGGACUGGAACAGGUGCCGUGACCUGUACUAGGUCAGCGGACUUGACCCGCUGCCGGGAACGAUGCGAGGUCACGGACGUGGCCAGCCGCCGCGAUCUACACGAGACCAGCGGGUCUGUUUUACAGCCGGGACCGUAUCAGGUAUCAGGCACGGACCUGCCGGCUUCCUGACCUUCAGCAGGUCAUCAGGUCUGACCUACAGCCGGAGUCGAUCCUAGUUCACCGCCGUGACCUGUACCGGGCGGCGGGCCUGAAUCAGCGCCGGGUGAGACCUCGACAGAGUCCGAAGCUCGGUGGGUCCUGGCGACGCGCUAACCGCUGCAGUACGAUAAAAGUGGCGCGUGACAGGUGCAGGGCGCCCUCGAUCUCCAGGUCGAUCGGGCAGUGAACGGGUGCGGGUGCGCUGACACUGAGGCGGAAUCCAAGUACAAACGGCUGUGACGAGGCUCCGCUGCGACCUACCGGGACUGGGGCGCCUAGGGCGGCUCGUGCGGCUGGGGCGGACUGGGGCGCCUGGGGCGGCUCGGACAGCUAGGGCGGACUGGGGCGCCUUGGCGGCUCGGGCGGCUGGGGCGGACUGGGACGCCUGGAGUGGACUGGGGCAGCUGGACGACUGGGGCGGACCUGGGCACCUGGAGCGGUUGGGGUGGGCAGCACUGGGCGCCCAGGGCACUGCCGCCGGCAGUCGGGGGUCGGCCAUGGCCGCUGUUUGGCGCCCCUCGCGGGACGUGGCGGUUUCGCCGGCGCGGAAGGUGUGUUGUGUGUUUGUUGGAAGUUGUCCCCCAACCUCUGCUGGAAUCCUUAGCCGAGUCCUUCCCGCUGGUUGAGGGCAUGGCGGUGGACUGUGGAGUGGCGUGCUUUGUGACGGUGACCGCCUGCGGCCAGCGUGACCGGACGUGAUGACCUCCCGCGGCGAGCGUGACCGGACGCUGCUCAGUCUCGGCCGGGUCUGUCACGUGACUUAUCUGGUGUGUGUUCCUCCCUGCUCGGGCCUCUCGUCUGUUGACGAGCAGAGCCGCGCUUCUGUAACAGGCUCUGCCAGCGUUCAGCCGUGCGGAAAAAUA